AUGUCAACAUAUUUUUUUCAACCAAUGGACAACUUGACAUUCACAAACAGCAUUCUCCUCAUGGAGGGACUGAAAGUUACACCUCAGUCUUCCUAUCCUAUUUUCAUCCUGCUUCUCUUGGUUUAUGUAUUUGCAAUGGGAUGUAACAUUGGACUUAUAAUCCUGAUCUCAACUGAGAAGAAUCUACAUCAUCCUAUGCAUUUUCUGUUCUGUAAUCUACCAGUGAAUGAUAUACUAGGGACCACUGUCAUGUUGCCACCCUUGCUGCGGGACAUUUUAAGGGAAGCCUCAGAGCGCUACAUGACAUAUGUGGAGUGUGUUGUUCAAGCAUAUUUUGUACACACAUUUGCAGCAGCAAGCCACUAUGUGCUGAUGAUUAUGGCCUUUGACAGAUAUGUGGCUAUAUGCAAUCCAUUGCAAUACUCAGCUAUAAUGACCAGUAAAAUGGUAUUUAAACUAUCAGUAUCAGCCUGGGGGCUGUCAAUAUUCUUUGUGUCUAUUAUGUUAGGUCUGACUAUACGUCUGUCUCGAUGCAGAUCUAAAAUCGAAAACCCUUUCUGUGACAAUGCCUCACUGUUUAAACUGUCCUGUGAAAAUGUAGUCAUUAAUAAUGUGUUUGGAAUAAUUUGUACUUUGAUUGUCUUUAUCGUCUCACUUGGGUUUGUGUUUAUAACAUAUACCAAGAUUGCUACUGUAUGCAUAACCAGCAAAAACAAAGCACUCAACAGCAAAGCCAUAAAAACAUGUAGCACUCAUAUAGCUGUUUAUAUAAUCAUGUUUGUUUCUUGUGCCAUUAUGGUUUUUCUCCAUCGCUUUCCAGAAUACUCUGAAAACAGGAAACUAGCUGGUAUAAUGUUCCAUAUAGUACCACCAGGACUAAAUCCUAUAGUAUAUGGUUUACAAACCAAAGAAAUAAGACAAAAGUUUGUAAAACUUUGGUACAGAAAUAAAGUUAAUCUAAAAUAA